AUCGAACACCACACACACACAACACACACCACCGCCAAACGUGUCUACCUACCUCCUACACAUACCCGACCUUCCUGGCUCCCCCGAUCCCGCCAGCCUACGAUAUCUUCCUCCGGCCUGGCUCGUCCUCUUACCCGCCCAAUCAUCUCUCCCUCCCAACAACCCCUCCGACCGUCUUCUCCCCGAAGCUGCUGUUCAUGCAAACUUGCCCGCCUCCCUUCGCCAGCGUGGCGCCUCGAUUGUCUAUGCCGCUUUCGCGAUCGAAUUGCCGCCCUCCCAUCUAACAAUGGAUCGCCCUCGACGAGCCUUACGAAGCAACCCGUCUCGGGUCGCCAAGUUGAAGAGACCGGUCAGAGAGACGCGGUCUACCGCCGCCUACUUUACUUCUCUGUCGUCGUCACCGGACGAUGAAUUUGACGAUGGCGAUGACUCCGACACUCCUAGUCCUCGCGCACGUAAUUCGUUACCGCCCCAGAAGCGCAAGGCCCGCAAUAACUGCCAUCUUUCGACGCCAAAGAAACGGGCCACCCGCCGGACUCGUAGUGCCGUCUCAAAAACAUCUCCCAAGAACGUCAUGCCCAGCACACCAAACUCAGCCGAGCCCGCUCCUGCAACCUCGCGUGCGCGCUUGGUCUAUCCUCCUUGGCAGACACUGCCGUACCACGUCCUCCAGAAUAUUUUUGACUCCGCUGCCGCCGCAAUCCGCGAUCCAUCGUCGCGGCGCGAAGACAUAGCGCAGGCGGUCGGAACAUUGAUGUCCGCAAGUCGAACAUGCCGGGCUUUCGCCGAACCCGCAUUGGCAGGCCUAUACAAAUGCCCCCCUUUCGACCGACAGUGGUGCUACACCAAAGCUCCCCAAACUUGCCUCGGCCAAUUCCUCGAGACCUUGGCCUUGCCCUCGGCUACGACCGCGAUCAAUUACCACCCGAAGGUUAAGAUCUUGCGAUUGGAAGUAGCCUCGACUUUGGCCAGAAAGUACAACGGAAGCUACAUGAAUCUCCAGCCUCUAAUACGGAGUCUUCCAAAUCUCUGCCAGCUGGAGUUGUAUCAUGAACUGGACGAACCACCCUAUCGACGGCUCGAUGAGCGUAUUCGAUUCGUACCCGCAGUGAACGAGCUAAUGGAAACAUUGAUGCUGUCACGUACGGCGGGUGACGGGGUGGGGGAUGAGAUGGCAGCCAUGCCUACAAAUUUGAGCACUUGGCGUUGGAAUUCUCGUCUCACUCCCGACUCCCUAUCUUUAGACAAGCUCCAUACGGCCCACCAGAACCCGAUCUUCGCCGGUCUCCGAAAGGUGGCCUUCGUUAAUUAUCAGCUUGCAUCUUGGGGUCUACCACAGAGACAACAACUUAACGAGCAAAUACAGGAACGCAGUCAGCGGAGGAUCUCUCAACUCUCCAGCUGCAUAUCAGCCUUGCCAAACCUGAAGCACCUCGUCUUAGAGUCCUGUACCUUAGCUAAUGGCUCCUUACUAAGUCUACUCCCGACGACGCUGAGGCACCUCGAGCUCAUCAACUGUUGGGAGAUUACGGCUACGGAUUUUGGGGUAUUCCUGGCCACUCGCGGCCACUCUCUGGAAGCUCUCACCCUGAAUCACUGCCAAUCCUUGAGUCUAGGCUUUCUCCCGAUCCUAGGGUCGGCUUGUCCAAACCUCGCCCAUCUCUAUAUGGAUCUCUCCUAUUUCCGACAUCACGAGCACUAUGCCGACAACAAACCCGAAUACGAUCAACUCCUCUUGGAACACGAAGUACCGACAUGGCCGUCUUCGAUGCAGUCUAUCGAAAUCCUCCACAUGCGAAAGUGGGGCCGAAAAGCAGCGGAGAUGUUUUUUGAGAGUUUAGCAGAGAGUGCGCCGAGCCUCUGCCACCUUCGCCGGCUCGCCUUCAGGAUCGCACUGGACAUAAGCUGGCGUCAGCGCCGAGAGCUCCGAGAGUUCUGGGUUGAUAGACUGGUUCGAGUUUUUAAGAGGAGGGCAAAGCCACCGUGUGACUUUAAGACCCUCCGUCUGCCGUCCGCUAAAAUUGCCCGUGAAGCUCAGGGGACCGGUGAAGGUAAGCAGGCGCAAAAGCAUGGGGGGCCGAGAUCCACAAUAUUACCAAGGCGACGAAGCACACGCAUCUCCGAGCUGCCUCCAACGCCGACGUCCUCGGAGCGUGAAACGUCGUAUCUUACCAAGAGCGAAAUGGUAAGGAUCUCGGCUGUCAGUCGAGAGCUCAGGGGACUCAGGGGGAGCGGGAUGCUCCUCAAGGAACAUCACGGAGGUGACGAAGAGAGCGAGGAUGAGCUGACAGCCGAUCACUCUGAUCGGAGCCGACGGGAUCGGAAGAUCAAGAAAAUUUCAAAGAACCAGGCGCACGAUGACAAAUUUAUCCACGGCUUAUGCGAUGUCGUAGAUAUCCACGUCGACAACCACAGACCGACGGAGAGACAUUACGGCAUGGAGGACUUCCUCGACUCUCCCGACGAAUCGGACCCCGAGUGGGACGGCGGGGAUGCCGACAUCUUUUAACCACUGCCUAACUCUUAAAUGGCAAGAACUGCUUACACGCCACGAGUUGAACACGGGAAAUUUCGUUUCGUAAAGAUACCAGGCUGGCUUACACCAUUAGAAGGACCCGGCGCUGCAUGAUAGAAGAGGGAACAUUCUAGACUUGAGUCAUCACUGACAGGGCCUUUUUUUCAGAAAAGGGGGGGCGGAGCAGCAACGUGCGUAAUGACAACCAGGUGCGAAAUACGAUAGAGCAUCGCCCCCUUUGCAACCCAGACGCAAUGGCAUCCCGAUCUUAUAGAUAAUGCACGAUACUGAUGCCAAUACGAAACGAUAGCAUUCUUUUAUCUGCAUCCUAUCGUUAUAGAAAUAUUCGUGGGGAGGACCGAGCAUAUUUAAAUUAUAUCUUGGAGGUUGCGGUAGUUCAGUACGUUUAGUAGUUAACCUCAUGUCUGUCUAACAAGUUAGGUAUAAUGUGGCGUUGGCCAAUAUGCGCCUGUAAUAAUAUUGUCUGCGAAUAGGACACAAAAUAUACGAUGGCUACUAAUAAGUCUUUGAAGCUGGGGGGUUGGGAAUACGGAACUAGCAGCCUUAUAUGCCGAGACAGC